GUCAGAAUUCAUAGAAAUCAUCCAGAAGUAUUGUUUGACAGAAAUAACAUCACUUGGCAGAAUAAAAUUACCAACAGCAAAGAAGGAACACUAAAAUAAACACAUUGUUUCAUCUCACUUAAAAUCAAGCUGCAAAACGCUACAAGGAAGGUGCAAAAUACAACAGUCUGAAGACAGGACUUUGCGAGAUGGUCAAUGACAUUGAGAACUAUUCAUCGUACAUUCAGUCGAGCUUGAAAUCAGUUGACAAGGAAAGUCUUAACAAUAUCAAUGAGCUUCGCAUAUUCAGGAAUGAAAUUAACCAAAACCUCGACAAAAGGGAAACAGUGGAAGAAAUUGAUAAGAAGAAAAAUAAAUCCGAGACCCUGCUAAAUGAACUGAAAGUAAACUGUCAAGACAUAAAAUCUGCCACUGAGAAGCUCAAGGCUGACCUACAAGCCCAGGAGGUCAACAACAACCAGCUGUUUGUAUCUGGAACAAGGGCGAUCAAAGAGUUCGUCAGUCUACAAUCAUCACUUAAGGACAUCAAGGGAAGAGGAAAAGUUCCACACUCCAAAUUCAGCAGGGACCCAGCAACAGAACAACUGCUGUCCUCAAACACAGCAAUCGACAGAAUGGACCAGGUGGCGUCAAAUUUGGCAGACGAGUUGGCGUCAGAUUUGGCAGACCAGCAAAAACAACCACAGGGGCCAGCCUUAAACCAGAGCCGUGCAGACCUAAGCCAGUCCCAGUUUAGUAAGCUGCCUGACGUCCCAGUAAAGGCAUUAAAUGACACCCGUGACUGCUACCUGACCAGUAUGGCCCUCCUACCCGGGGACCGGCUUCUACUGACAGAUUGCGCCAAUUACUUAUUGAAGCUGUUGGACACAUAUAAUAACAAGCUGGUAUCUCAGGUGAAGCUGCUAGGUGAGCCGUGGGACCUUUGUCUCCUGCCCGGGGAAAGGGCAGCCGUCACUCUGCCUCAGGAGAGAAAGAUACAGUUCGUAUCUACUCAAGAAAAUGUCACGCUACAGGAUGUUGUUAAAUAAAAUGGAGAAUGUUGUGGAAUAGAUUUCUGUGAUGACAACUUGAUAGUGUCCUUUACCUCCCCAGGUAAGGUUGUGUUGAUGGACAUGAAGGGAAAGGUGAUGAAGAGUGUGGACAAAGACAGCAGUGGAAAACCGUUUUUAUUUCAAAAUCCCCUCUUUCUGACAGUGACCAGAGAGAGCCAGACUCCUCCGGUC